AGCCGUCACGCAGCCGGGAAAGAACCCACGCCGCGCAUCCCGCGCUAGGCUCGCCAUGGCCAUGGGCGGCGGUGGAGGUGGAGGUGCGGUCCCGGAGCAAGAGGACUCAGUGCUGUUCCGGCGAGGUACAGGCCAGAGUGAUGAUUCUGAUAUUUGGGACGAUACGGCAUUGAUAAAAGCUUAUGAUAAAGCUGUGGCUUCAUUUAAGCAUGCUCUAAAAAAUGGUGACAUUUGUGAAACCUCAGAUAAACCAAAAGGCACACCUAGAAGAAAACCUGCUAAGAAGAAUAAAAGCCAAAAAAAGAAUACUGCAACGCCCUUGAAACAGUGGAAAGUUGGUGACAAAUGUUCUGCCAUUUGGUCGGAAGAUGGUUGCGUUUACCCAGCUACCAUUGCCUCGGUUGAUUUUAAGAGAGAAACCUGUGUUGUGGUUUACACUGGAUAUGGAAAUAGAGAGGAGCAAAAUCUGUCUGAUCUACUUUCCCCAACCUCUGAAGUAACUAAUAAUAUAGAACGGAAUGCUCAAGAGAAUGAAAAUGAAAGUCAAGUUUCAACAGAUGAAAGUGAGAACUCCAGGUCUCCUGGAAAUAAAUCAAAUAACAUCAAGUCAAAAACUACUCCAUGGAACUCUUUUCUCCCUCCACCUCCCCCCAUGCCAGGGUCAGGACUGGGACUAGGAAAGCCAGGUUUAAAAUUCAAUGGCCCGCCGCCACCGCCGCCGCCACCACCACCCCACUUCCUGUCAUGCUGGCUGCCUCCAUUUCCUUCUGCCCCACCAAUAAUUCCCCCACCACCUCCCAUAUGUCCAGAUUCUCUUGAUGAUACUGAUGCUUUGGGAAGUAUGUUAAUCUCUUGGUACAUGAGUGGCUAUCAUACUGGCUAUUAUAUGGGUUUUAGACAAAAUCAAAAAGAAGGACGGUAUUCACAUUCCAGUUAAGGAGUAAGUUCCAUCAUUAUAAAAGUUAAUCUUACUUUUGUAUAAAUUUUAAUGGUUUGUGAAAAAUAAAUGUUUUUGAACAUUAAAAAAAUUGAAAGUCGAAAGCUUAAUGUAACACAACAUUAAAGAGAUUUUGAUGCCAAAGGUAUUAGAUAAAAGAUUGAGGUCUGUGUCUCCCCUAGCAUUCUCAUGGUGUCAAAGUGUCAUCUCAGCAAAUACUUGCUAGUUGGUUGUGUGGAAGAAACACACUUCUCUAAUAAAGAGAUCCUUAGAGUCUGAUUACAUUUUGCAUCACUAGCAAUCAGAUCAUGGGGCAUUUUUUUUUUGAUUUGUGAUGCUGUGUGUAGUGUAUUUCCUAUGAAGUGUUCUCACCAAAAAAGUUUAACUGGAAUUUAGUCAAGCCUUUAGAUCUAAUUUCAUGUUUGCAGGAAAUACUGAGGAUAGAGCAACAAGUUAAAUGGCACCACUAAAGAAAUGAUCAGACAGGUCCAGAAUGUGGAAUGCUGUAGAAGAUAAUGGCCUUGUUUCUUCAAAAUAUCAGAGUUGGGAAGGAAAAAAGGAGGUGCGAAUGGGUAACUGUUCUGGAUUUAAAGUUGCUUAAGAGACAUAACCAAAUGCAAUGUGGAAUCCUUGAUUGGACCCUAUUUUAAAAAACACCUGACUUCAGGUAGGGGAAAUUGAGAAAAUGAAUAUGGACUGGAUUUUAAAUGAUAUUAGACAAUUAUUGCUAAUUGUAUGAGCUGUGAGAAGGAUGUUGUAGUUUAGAAGGUUGUAGUUCUCAACCUUCCUAAUUCCACGAACCUUUAAUACAGUCCAAAGGGGCUGCGACCCACAGGGUAAGAACCGCUGUUUUAGAAGAAUGUUUUAAUUUGCAUACUCAAAUAUUUUUUGAAUGAAUUGUUACAGUGUCUCCAAAAUAUUUUGAAAUGGUUUAGCAAAACAUAUGUGUGAAGCAUAAAUGGCAGAAUGUUAAUGACUAACUGGUGUGUAUGUGGAUGUUCCCUGUGCUAUUUUUUUCUAUUUUCUGUAUGUUUAAAAUAUAUAAUAAAAAUACUUGAUUUUUUA